AAACCGGAAAACGACAAAAAUUCUCCAGAGAAACAAACAUGGAGCACAAUGGAGGAGCUCCUCCUCGCCUGCGCCGUUCACCGUCACGGUACUGAUUCAUGGGAUUCCGUCGCCGCCGAAAUCCAGAAACAGAACUCCAUUUUCCGUACACUCACAGCCUUCGACUGUCGUCACAAGUACUGCGAUCUCAAGCGCCGAUUCUCUUGUGAACUCGUCUCUCCGGGAUCUACAGAGGGAGAAGAAACCGUCGACGCCGCCGAGAUCUCUUCCGUUCCAUGGCUUGAGGAGCUGAGAAAGCUCCGUGUCGACGAGCUCCGCCGCGAAGUCGAACGUUACGAUCUAUCCAUCUCGUCAUUGCAGUUGAAGGUGAAGAGAUUGGAAGAUGAGAGAGAGGAGAGCUUGAAGAUUGAAGAUUCAGAUCUAGAUAAAAUCGCGGAGACGAAAGAGAACCACCGUGAUUCGGGUAAUACCUCCGGUGCCGUCCCGGUCGAUGAGCCGGUUAAUUCUCCAGAUCCAAAGGACAAUAAUACCGGAACCGGAUCUGAUAACACGAACAUAGAUGUUAAAAUCGCUGAACCGGUGGACGAAGAACCGAACCGGAUAGACAACGAUGAGAAACCGGUAAGAGAGGAUUCGGGUAGAGGAAGCUGCGAGAGCGCGGCGAACUCGGACAGAGAAGACACAGUAAGAGAGGGGAAUGACUUGCCCGAGUUUAUUGAGUCAAUGGAAGAGUCGAAGGGAGAGGAAGAAACGAAAGAAACGAGUGACGUGCAGAGCUCGGCGAGCUUACCGAGGAAGGAGACGGUAGAACAGGACCAACCGGAUAACGAGGAUCAAUCUCCGACCGUCAAUAUGUCAGUGCCUAUGAUAGCUUGUCGGAAACGUAGUUCCUUGGCUGUUAGAACUUCAGCGUCAGUCACUGAACCGUCAAAGAAAAAGACUAAAGUAGCUUCCACAGUCGAUGAGAAGCCAGUUUCAGAGGAGGAGGAAGAUGAAACUUCUGAUAAAGAUGAGGAACCUAUUGUUUCUAAGAAGAUGACUAGAGCAAGAGCACCCUCAACAGCCAAAAAAGUAGGAAGCAGAAACGUUAAGACCAGUUUGAAUGCUGGUCUCCCUAGUAAAGGCCGGUCUUCAAACGAUAGCUCUGAGCCGAAGAAAAUUGUUCAAGAAAAGAAGGGGAACAACACGAGUGGUGGCUCGAAAAAGCAAAGUGCUGCUAGUUUUCUUAAAAGAAUGAAAGGGGUUUCAUCAUCUGAAAAUGUUGUAGAGACAGUGAAGGCUGAUUCCGCUAAUGGAAAAAGAGGAGCUGAACAGAGGAAAAGUAUUAGUAAGAAUGAAAAAGUGGAUGCAGCAAAACUGUCUGCAGGUCAGAAACGAUUAAUUGGGAAGAAGCCAACAAUUGAAAAGGGUAGUCCUGCUAAAAAAACUACUGGUGUCGCUUCUAAAAGGUCUUCUCCUCUGAUAGCAAAACGAGACAGUGAAACUAGUGAAAUGGAAACAGGCUCUUCUACUCGGCCGAAGAAGCGUUCAAGGAGGUGAUGAUUUAUUGCAGUACUUAACUAUCUUCUAGAGGAUCAAGAAUUUUCUAAGAAUUUCACAAGGCAGUCAUAUAAAGGAGUGUUGGAAUUGUUUAUGCAUUUCUCUGAUUCCAGAUAGCAGCAAAAUAUGAGUUUAGAAGAUUGUAGAAAGAGCCAAAGAUGUCAAACAAGGUUAUAAGAGUGUUCCGGUCUGGAAUGUUGUCAUGCAUCUGUCAUCUCAGCAUCCUACUGCACAUGACCCUUUCCCUUAUCAACGUUUCUGAUGAUAGGAAUCCCAGUGCUCGUCUUGCCAACCUAAUAGAAGUUUUAUUGAGAAGUUGUGUCAGUGAAAGGGUUAAGCA